UGCUGGAGAGCAUAGAGGAAGGAUGUGGCCAAAUACCGCGGAUUAGUGCACAGAAAGGCCUGUUGGAACUCUAGCCAUCGUUGUGUGUGGAUCAUUGUUUUGCCCAUGCUGGUUUGUUAGAGGGAGUGAAUGCAAAAGGGGGCAGGAGGAUUUUUACUGAGGCCAAAUUGGGCGACGGCAUAAACCGGCGGUUUGAAUUAUUACUACAGUUAGCUGAGCAUGGCUAACUUUACUGGGUUUGCGGUGCAGAACAUAUAAAAUACCUCGACUGAGACUCUUGUGGAAUGAUGUCAUUUUUACCACGGCAUAGCCUGAUUCUUACGAUAAGGAAAACCUAAAGGAAGGAAGGGGAGGAGAAAGAGACAGGAGGGGGGUUCACGCAUCCGCUGCCUCCACUAUCAUGGUUGCAUUUUGGGAAAGAGCGGUUUGUCGCUAAAAUAUACAUACACAUAUAAAAUAUUUAACGUUGUACCACGCGGAUAAAAUAAUAAUACUGAAAAUCAAGCAUCGCCGAAAACCGCGGAUUUAUCAGACACCGCCCGUGCUGUUAAAUCGCAAGCUCCAGACCAAGACUGUCCUACUUUUUACUCAAUUUUGUUUAUUUGUCGUGUUUACAGUGCCUCGUUGAGAUAUCUGUGGUCGGAUGUCUUUUUCAUCCAAAAACAUAAACGAGAUUUCGCUAGAAGAAAAUUUCCCGACAGAGCAAUGGAAUGAGGUGUGGAACCAGGGCGGGGAGAGACGGAUGCGUCUGAGGCAGCAGAACAGCGACAGAAGCAGGGACAUUGUGAUCCUUGACAACAGACUGGAUGCACGAAGAUAAAGGAUGCACAAUCGCGCUUAAUCCCAACCUCCGAUUUGGUUUUUCGACACUCAGGACGACGUCGGCAGAGUUUCAGGUACGAGCAGUCUGAAAUCUAUGGAUGCUCCACUGUGAAAUUAGACGUGGGCAACUGAAGAGCGAGAGAGAAAUGGUCCGUUUGUUUGAGGCCUGGAAACGAGGUGCGCUGAGCCAGGUCCAUAUUGGAACAGCCUAACUGACAUUACACGUGCCUCUUAAAUGUUAGCGGAUAACGAAUCUGCGUGAGUUUCUAGGUGCUCCCUUGUGUACAACAUAAUAUGCAACGUACUUUAUUGGUUCAUGCGGUGCAACAUUUUUAUUCCGACAAUCAAAUUUAUAUGUUUUCAAGCUACCGAUUAAAAGUUUAAACGAGAUGGGGAGCGACGGUGAAAUAUUAAAUCGAGAGUUAGCAAAGAUGUCUGACGAGGAUUUACUCACUUGUUCUAAAGAAGAACUGGUGAAUCGGCUGCGCAAAGAGGAAUCGGAGAAGAUGUCAGCCCUCGUACAACGUGGCCGCCUAAUCAAAGAAGUAAAUAAACAACUUCAGGGACAUCUGCUUGAAAUCAGGGAGCUCAAAGUCAUCAACCAGCGGCUUCAAGAGGAGAAUCAAGAACUGCGCGAUUUGUGCUGCUUUCUAGACGACGACCGGCUGAAAGUUAAGAAGCUCGCGAGGGAAUGGCAGCUGUUCGGGCAUCACGCCGCUAAGGUUAUGCGCGAGGACCUGGGUGGCUACCUGAAGAAACUUGCCGAGCUCGAGCGGAUGCAAGACGGUUUGGUGAAGGAGAACUUGGAUUUAAAAGAACUGUGUCUGGUGCUUGAGGAGGAGUGUGUGAGCCGGAGCGAUUCCAGCCCGGGCGGGUCGACGGAGCUCAACCUUCCGUGCAUGGUGGCUCGGGACCUUGGUGAUGGAAGCUCGAGCACGGGAAGUGUGGGGAGCCCAGAUCAGCUCCACUUGGUGUGCUCGCCGGAUGACUGAGACAAAAGACGAGCCAUAUCACUUUUUUUUUCCUCUCGGAGAAUGUCGGAAAAUGAUCUGAAUGAAUCCAUGAGGAACAAUGCAGUUUACAGUUUUGUCAUUACAUCUCAACUACUUAAUGACAGAUGCGAAGCAGUUUGUUUAUUCUGGCAUGGACUGGUUCAUUUUUUUUCAUGUUAUCUAUUUAGGCUAUUUUGACCCAACUUCCCUUCAUUUAAAAUGACUUUCUAAAUGUGAAUUAUGUUACUUUGCUUACAAUAUCAGACACAAUAGAAAUUGUUUUACGCUUUAAUGUUAUUUAUCUCAUUUGGUGUUUGUUCUUUUAUUUAAAUGUAAGUAUUGAGAUCACUGGGAUGUUUCCUCUUUCAUCUCUACCAGGUGUUGUGUAUUGAUAAGAGAGUAUAAAUGGAGGUUUUCUGAAAAAAAGAACCAAUCUAACUGCUGACUCACCAGGUUUUACUGUGCACUGAAUUUUUUUUCAGGUGGGCUGAUGUUUUAAUGAUGCACUAGACAGGGCUGAAAUGAAUCUCAAAAAGAUUCACAUUUUUAAACUGCAUAGAGCCAUAAAAUGAUCUGUUCGAGAUCAUGCACAAAUAGCACUGAAUCAUUUUCAAGGGUGACUUGAAAUGAACAGCAUAAAAGAUUGGUUGCAAGGAGGCUUCCAGUUUCAAAUGAUUGGAUUUCUCAUGAUUUUACUGUAUGGUUGGAGGCCUCCCAGUGCUUCACUGAAACUGCACAUUCAGAAUACUUUCUCAGUGUUAUUAUGCACCAGUCAGUAUAGGAAAGUUUAUUACAUUAAACCAUCUUAUUAAUUGGUUACUUUACUGGAUCCUAGAUGUCCUUGCAUUGACCCAACUUUAUGAUUUAACUGCCCAUGUAUGCUUUAACAAGCUUUUUUCUUUGAUUGGAUUUUACUGGGCUACAUGCUGUGUUUACAUACUGGCAACUGGUGGAGAAUACAAUGACAUGUGAGUUUGUAAUAUUGUUAUGUAUAUUCAUCUAUGAGUUUUCCUCAACUUUCUGUAUUUUUCCUACAAGGCAUAUAAUUCACGUAUAUAAAUGUUUGGGUUAGGCCUAAGCUCUUUACUUACUAAUUAUAAUCAGUAUUACUUAAUGACUGGAUUUUUUUGUUUGUUUAUAGCAUCAAACUCUUAAUUAGUGGCUUUGUUUUGAUGGCUGUAAUCUUUGGGCCACAUUCAUUAUAAGUGGGAGAACUUACACUUGAUCGAGACUCUCAUUUCUUUAAUGGUCCGUUUUUGUGUUGGAAGCCCUUCAGGCACUUGUAUUGCAUACAGAACGAAUGUUGUAACAAUUUGCUUUCACUUGAGCCAAGUGUUGACUGACAUAUAUAAAAAUUCUCUGGUCAUGUUUGAGGACCAAAGACAUAAGUGUCCUGUGUUAUAUUUUUGGUUCACUGUUUGCAUAACAGCAAUGUCAACUCAGUAAUACCCUUACUGGAGUAUACAGAGGUUCUUUUAUCAGAGCAUGCAUGCAUUGGCUCGCUCAGCACAAACUCCCUUUUUACUAUCAGAUGUGUUCACCAAGCUCUGAGUAAGGAUUCUCCUCAGAUUAGAGUGCUAAUGGAAAAUGUGUGUUCGAAGCAUGGUGACCAAGUUUAUCCCAUUAGCUCUUUGCUUGUAAAUGUUGUAACUGCCAUUUUUGUCCUUUGCAGAGGACCUUUUACUAUUGAACACUUCUAAUUCUGGGUUAUCUCAAUUUUAUGUUUUCUGUUCAUCGAUAUGUCUCCUUUACACUGUGGGCCAGGUUCCCAGACCCAGUUUAAGCCUAAAACUAGACUAAAGAAAUUUCCAAUAGUAAUAUUCCAUGAAACUGCAGUGUAGACUAAGACUAAAACAAAUCUCUUUGCAGGAGACCAACCCUACAUGUCUUAAUGGUAAGCUCACAACUGCCUGCCAACACACUAAAAUUCUCACAGUAGUGAAACAUAACUUUCACUAACCCAUUACAUGCAUAAUUAAUUUUACAUGCUUUUAAAUGUAUUUUAUUUAAUAUCUUGUGUAGUUUAGUACAAUGUGGGAUUAUGUUUAAACAGUGUAGUUUCACUGUGAGUAUGAGUCCAGGAAUUUCUCUUUGCUAGUUAUAAGGACAUCCUUAGUGGAAGCAGUGUUGACUCCUCCUUUCCUCUAAGCCAAGCCCCGAGGACUUUCCAAUUUGUAUUUAACUGAACUCCACUUCAGUUGUUUCCAAUUAGAAGUAGGGUAUUUUCAAGUAAAUUAACAAGUUACAAAUAUUCAAACACAAAGCUUCGGUGCACAAAUUGGAUUAACUUAAAGACAUCGACAUACCUUAGGGUUUUUACAAAUGAUUCCCAAAAGCAAUACAUUUUGUUAUUUCUCCCUUUCAUGUUGUAUGGUGUGAAAUUCUUUACAACUAAUGACUAGUUCUCAAUGAAAAACACAUUUACAAAACAGUUUAUUCUCAAAAAAUAAAUACAAAUCUGCUAAAUUCUAUGGUCCAGCCCUAGUAGUGCAUCAAAUACAUUGUAAUAAUGCUUACAAAGUAAAUUAUAAAUAUAACUAAACUACUACCGGAUUUGAUAUAAUAAAGUUUUACUUUAGAAAAUGUACAUAGUUAGCAUCUAAUAAAAAAAUUUAAGUGCACAUUUGAUGUAUAUCAGUUGAGAAUCUGCAGGUAAAUUCAAAUAUUUUUUUUGUAACCAGUGUAACUUGUUGAAAUGUAUGCUUUUUCUGGCUUUCAAGGUUUGAAGACAUAGGAUAGUAUAUAAAAAUAAAAUAUGCUAUAAUAAAGCCCAUCGAAAAGUAGCUUAAUACACUGUACCAUUUUAA